UUUGUUCAUAUUUUCCAUUUCAUGGGAGUAAUGCACCGUGAUCUCAAACCAGAGAAUUUCUUGUUGUCUAGCAAGGGUGAAGGAGCUAUGUUGAAGGCAACCGAUUUCGGGUUGUCUGUCUUUAUCGAAGAAGGGAAGCAAUAUCGGGAUAUAGUCGGUAGCGCUUACUACAUAGCUCCCGAAGUUCUGCGACGUGGUUACGGAAAGGAAAUUGACAUAUGGAGUGCAGGAGUUAUUUUGUAUAUUCUACUUAGUGGUGUUCCUCCAUUUUGGGCUGAAACUGAGAAGGGAAUAUUUGAAGCCAUUCUUCAAGGUGAAAUAGAUUUUGCAAGUGAUCCGUGGCCUUCGAUCUCCAAGAGUGCCAAAGAUCUAGUGAGAAAGAUGUUGACAAUGGACCCCAAAAAACGACUUACUGCUGUACAAGCUCUUGGUCUGUUAUUCUCUCGUAUCUUUGGUUCAGUCCCCCGGAGAUUUUUUCUUUAUAAAACUUUUGAUUCUGAUUCCUUUGAUUAA